CAGAGCUCAGGAAUCAGCGCUCGGCUCCUCGGAUGCUCAGCUGGAAGUUCACAGACGCCGUGAGAUGAGAAGAAAGAUUUCAUUUUUCCUCCAGCAAAGAUGAAGUUUUCAUGGAGAGUUAAGAGCGCUCUGGUGAGAGAGUGCAUGGCCGAGUUCCUGGGAACUUUCGUCUUGCUGCUCUUCGGCUGUGCGGCUGCAGCUCAGGUGAAAACCAGCAGAGAGACGAAAGGCAUUUUUCUUUCAUGCAACAUCGCCUUCCCUGUGGGCGUCAUGGCAGCCAUGUACCUCACCAAGGGCAUCUCAGGCGCCCACCUGAACCCAUCGGUGACUCUGAGUUUCUGUGUUUUGGGCCGGGUGCCAUGGAGAAAGCUGCUUCCCUACAGCCUCAGUCAGAUUCUGGGAGCUUAUGUGGCCUCAGGAGUUGUCUAUCUGGUCUACUACGACGCUAUAAUGGACUAUAGCGGAGGAGUGUUGACGGUUUAUGGCCCUAACGAGACUGCAACUAUAUUCGCCACGUAUCCCUCAGAAUACUUGACUGUGGGCAGAAGUUUCCUCGACCAAGUGGUGGGAACGGCCAUGCUGAUGUUGUGCAUCCUGGGUCUGGAUGAAAAGAGGAACACUCCGGCCCCCAACGAUCUGAUUCCUGCUGUUGUGGCGGUGAUCAUCCUCGGCAUCUCCAUCUCAAUGUCGGCCAACUGUGGUGCCGCAAUAAAUCCUGCUCGAGAUCUAGGACCUCGACUUUUCACACUGACAGCAGGCUGGGGUACCGAGGUCUUCACGUGCUACAACUACUGGUUCUGGGUUCCUCUGGUGGCUCCUAAUGUUGGAGCUGUUUUAGGUAGUUUCAUUUAUCUGGUGUUCAUCCAGUGGCAGCUUCCCGAUCCGGAGCCUCCAGAAAACGCCUCCAGUCUGUUCACCAUCAGCAACAAAGUCAAACAACCGGCCACCACGUGGGAAAACGGAGAUGAAUUAAAGGCUGAACGUUUCUGAUCGUUACUGCAAUAAAAAUGUGAUCAAGGCUGCUGUCAAGAUCAACACAGACACCUGAGAAACAAUCCCCAGAUUGUAGUAAUAUUUAAUAAGUGAAUAUCUGCUGCUAAAACACACAUACAUCUUCUGUAAGCAGAAACAUAUUUUCUUUUCUGUUUCUGAUCCAUCUAGUUAAAUGCAGCCAGUAGAGGCAGCUGAAACAGACAGUAAAUGUGAAUGAGAGUGAGAAUAACCUAUUUGCAUUUACGUCUAUGUUCCUGAGAAUAUUGAUUUACUCUACUUUUUGUGAAACGCCUAACUGAACACUGUGUAUGUUAAGUUAUAAAUACUUUAAAUAAAAAAUAAGCAGAACACUGUACUGUUUAUUUUUCUGUAUAUUACGUAACAAAAUAAUUUUAAUGUACAAAUUUCAGUUUUAUGUUAAAAAAAAUCCAAGAAUUUCAUGCUUACUUCUUCAUAUUGAUGAAAAGAAAUAUAUACUGUAUAUAUAUUACAAUAUAUAGAAUUUGCACACAAAUUAUAUCAACAUAUUUAUGUUUUUUAUCAGUUAUAUUUGGAGAUUCACUUUACACCUCCAGAACUCCACAAAUACUUUCGUAUUUGUGGUACAUUUUGUCACAUCUGCUCAACUGGUUUUAAGAAUUCAAUAAAAAUAACUUUUUCUUUAUCCAUUUUUGUGACCAAGUAUUUCAUAUUAAAAGUAUUCUAAAUGUUUUGUGUUGUAUUAUUGUAACAUGCAGCUACAUAUGGUUCAGAAAACAUCAGUAUUUGGCUCAUGCAUUAUCAAUUUCUUCUGCUAAUUUGAGCUAAAAAAAAAGUGACUUUUCACGAUGGCUGUAAUUUUUUUCAUAAUUUUUGACUCACCAAUAAUCAGAGAUUAUUUGAUCUACUUGUCCAGUAUUGCAGUAGACAACAAAUCAGGAAAUAUUAAAUUAUUUUUCUACUUACA